AACACACCUUUGGCGGCCUUGCAGCGUUGCAUUCUUUGCAGCCUGCGGGCGGAUACAAUGGAAAAAGCGUCUUUAUGCCCCGUUUCGAACAGACAGGGGUUCGCGGGAGCCGCUCGCUGUGCACGAUAGCGGGACUCGCACGAACGGCGGCCUCGCGUUAAGGCGACCCAAGAUACCGCGCGAUCAGGCGACGCGGCCAAGAUUACGUGUACGGGGAACUCCCACAACAAACGUGACGACAUGGAUCGCGUCGGAAGAGGUGGAGCGAUGGAUGCCCACUUGGCACGGCGGCAACAGGAAGGUAGCGGCGGCACAACUCGCGCGCUCAAUCAGACUCGCUCGAUAACGUCUACAACGUCGUCUACGCUCGCGUCGGAAGGCACGCCAAGAAACGAGCUCCCGAGUCGCCGUGCAAGGAGCUGCAGCGUCGCUUGUUCGCCACCGCGUCGGCGUCGGAGAAUGAAUCUGUCCUUUUCCGGGUGCGGGUUCCUAGGAAUCUACCACGUCGGGGUCGCCAGUGCGUUCAAGGAAUACGCGCCCCACUGCCUGAGCAAGAUCGCCGGGGCUUCGGCCGGGGCCCUGGCCGCGGCUGGGCUCUGCUGCGAGGUGCCCUUCGGCGAAAGCACAACAUAUGUGCUGCGGAUCGCAGUAAGGGCGAGGCAGCGUGCCCUGGGGCCUCUGCACCCGGGCUUCGACAUCAACAGCAUCAUCCACGACGGCCUGGUGAAGCUGCUGCCCGACAACGCCCACCUGAUGUGCAACGGCAGGCUGCACGUGUCCCUCACCAGGGUCUCCGAUGGAAAGAACGUGCUCCUCUCACACUUCGACAGCCGCGAGGACCUCAUCCAGGCCCUGAAAUGCAGCUGCUUCAUUCCGUUCUACUCUGGACUCAGGCCCCCCAAAAUAAACGGAGUGGCGUACAUGGAUGGCGGCUUCAGCGACAACCUGCCCAUGCUGGACGAGAACACAUUGACCGUGUCUCCGUUUGCGGGAGACAGUGACAUCUGCCCCAUCGACGACUCCUUCAACCUCAUGCAGAUAAACUUCAGCAACACCAGCAUCACGCUGUGUCCCGGGAACCUGUACAGGGCUAGCCGCAUCUUCUUUCCACCGCAUCCUGAAAUCCUGAGCCGAAUGUGCCAGCAGGGCUUUGACGACGCAGUUCGCUUUCUCCAGAAGACCAACAUGAUCUCGUGCACACGCUGUCUAGCGGUGCAGUCGAGCUUUAUCAUGGAGGAGCCCGAGGUGGCGGCAGGAGAGUCCACCGAUUCGGAGAAAGAGGGGUCGCAGCACGCCUACGACAACUGCACGGACUGCAAGAUUCGUCAGCAGCUGGCUCUUACCGACAGCCUCCCAGAGGCCAUGGUCAGGGCCAUCCAGGAGGCUUCGGACCAGCUGAACAAGGGCGUCAUCAACUGGCUGUUCCGGCACCGGCCAAUGAAACUCAUCUCUUUGCUCAGCAUCCCCUACGUCUUGCCCAUCGACAUCGCCAUUGCCGUCCUCUGCAAGCUCUGGCAGCUGCUGCCCCACCUCCGCAACGAGAUGCAGUGCAGCCUCAUGCGCCUGAUGGGCUUUGCCCAAUCGCUCGUCUCCAAGUUCAAGGACAGCCACCCCCUGUACAGCGCCAAGUUCUCCUGCGAACUCAACAUCACCGAGUUCAACUACACCCCGGACGACCCCAAGCUCCGCUCUCGCGUCCCCUCCGGCAAGGCCGUGGCCCCGCCCCCCGCCAAGGUCCGCCCGCCGGCCCCGCUGCUUCGCCACGACCUCCGCAGUCGCAGCCUAGAAGACCUGGCCCGCGGAAACGCCCACUUCCCGCCCAAGAGCCGGGGCCACCGCAAGUCCUAUGCUGGCCUCACCAACGACGGCGGCGGCAACGACCAGCGGGUGAUCAGCUCCAUGAACUUUGGGUUCACCAUGAACCUGUCGAGCCACGACGGACGCGCCGAUCGCACAGACCGCAGCGACCGCAGGCGGCGCAGGAGUGUGGUGGACGCCCUGCGCACCCUCAGCGAAGACCGCGACGAGAUGGAUUCGGACAUGGACGCCAUCGAGCUGACCAACCGGGCGCUCAACUGGGAGAAGGAGUGCAUCGAGCGCUGCCAGCGCCCCGAAGGCGCCGGCCAGCUGGAGCAGCUUUUGGACGUCACCCAACGCAAGGAGGCCCUCAUGGCCUUCUACUACACCGACGAGACGACGCACAAGGUCCGCGUAACGGAGCUCUUCAAUGUGACCAAUGCGGACACGUCUCCUCCGCUCGCGGAGGCUGCACUGCGUGCACUUCCGCAAGAGGACGUCGCCGGUCCUUCUGGUCUUGCGGCAGAAGCGACCGACGAGUUUCCCACGUUCGUCGGACCUCCGCUGCCUGUCUUUGGACCGCCGAAGGCGCCGAGGAGGAAGAACUCUGUGGUGUUUAUGAGCUAAGUGGUCUCAUCUGCAACCGCUCAAGAAGAUUGUGAGUCGACGUUUGAAGGAGAGCAGCCCAACAGUCCCCUCGCCUCGUCUGUAACCCCCCCCUUGGCAGUGGGUUAUGUCUAGUGAGAAAAACUGUGCCUGCAAAGGUGUUGCCAAGGCACUGAACUUGCCGUCUGCUAUAGUGAGAAAAAUGUUGCCUGCAAAGGUGUCGCCAAGGCCCUCAACUUUUCGUCUGCCUUCAAACUUUCUUCCGGCGUAUGGUGGCCUCGCAUCUUUGACAGUCAAUGUUUGUGAUCUUCAUGGUUCCACGCAAAGUUCCUUUUUGAAGCACCAAUCAACGAGUGCUCAAACCUCUAAGCUACGCUUCAAUAAUACUCUGUGGCAGCUGGCUGCUGCAAGCGACACGAUGUUGAAUCGAAAGAAUGUCCGUUGCAAAUGCCAAGCGGUGCAGAGUGUAUGGAAAGACUGCUUACACACUGUACCUGCGCUUAGUCGUAAUCACGAGUCGUGACAAAUGUGUGUCGACCAUUUAUCCACAUUGUUUACCAUUGUCCAAGUUCCGUGUGUAUGUGUCCGGAUCAAAUGUUUGUCUUCCCUAAUUUAUUUACGGAUUAUGCUAGCUACGCGUAACCGAUUGUUUCGUGUUGCUCGUGCCAAAUGCCGAGUUGGCAGCAGGCGUAUAAUUAAAGUUUGAGUUGACCAAGCAA